UUUUAUUUUUAUUUUAUUUUACAUUUUGCGAUUUAGUUCCGAGAUAUAUAUUGCCCCUGUUUCUGUUUAUCGAGAAAAUCUAGGGUUCUUUUUGUUCUUAAAAUUGCAAGUCAUGUAGAGAGCACCGGAUCAGAUAAACUCAGAUACAUACCGAUGAUUUUGUAGCGAAAAAGUCUUCGGUCUUUCAAUUGGGUUUCCAAUAUCCUACAUUCUUACAGAUUCACCGCUGAAUUUCUGUUCAGCCCCUUUUUUUGAAACCUAAACUUUGAUAAUCAGUCGCCAUUAAAAUCAAGAAUGAAGAGAGAACUAGCCUUCGCAUUGGAAGCUCGAUCUCAGUUCUCUGGCUUCAUUGGUCGGACUAGAUCUUCGAAAAGUCCACCCCCUCAGUUCACUAAAAGGAAAAGCAAAGAGCGAUCGUCUAAUGAUCGUUCAAAGAUUUCGAUUGACGAAGUGAAUAUGAGUAGACGGAGCAAACGGGUUAAAACUGCGAUUCCAGAUGGCGAUUCGAUAAAUGUCGACGGAUCCAUAGGCGACGAAGUACCGCUCAAAAUGAAAGCAGGUAAGAGCGAAGAAGAAUCGUCCGCGGCGGAAGUAGCCAUGGUCGAAGAAGCAGCCGAUGUGUUAGUAGCCAUGGGCGAUAAAGAAUCGACCGCUCCGGAAGUAGCCAUGGGCGAAGAAGAAUCUGCCGCGCCGGAAGUAGCCAUGCGCGAAGAAGAAUCUACUGCUGCUGAAGCAGCCAAGGGAGAAGAAGAAUCGGCAGCGGUGGAAGCAGACAAGGGUGAAGAACAAUCUGCGGCCGUGGAAGCAGAUAAGGGUGAAGAAGAUAGUACUAGAACGACGAAGAAGGUGUACGUGAAGCGUAAACUUAGAAAAGAUAAAGUGAAUAGCAGUACUCCAAAGAGAUUUACGAGAUCAGCAUUGAAGGAGACGGAGGAGAAUGUGGAAAAAUUGGGGACUCCAACCAGAAAGAAUCUAGAAUUGAAAAUGUCUAAGAAGAUUGGAUUGAGCAGAGUACCAAUUAAUAUGAGGGAACUUCUUGAGACCGGUCUGCUUGAGGGUUUUCAAGUUUCCUACAAUCUCGAGGGAAGUAAUCUACAAGGAGUUAUCAAAGGUACUGGCAUACUGUGUUCUUGCAAGUCAUGUAAGGGUACCAAAGUUAUUGCGCCUUCUAAAUUUGAGUUUCAUGCAUGUGACCAAUAUAGACAUGCGAUUAAAUAUAUUUGUCUUGAAAAUGGGAAAAGCCUCCUUGAACUACUUGAAAUAUGUAAAUCAUCAGCUUUGGAAUCUCUAGAAGUAGCUUUUGAGAAUGUAAUUACUUCAUUGCCUGUGAAGGAAGUCAAGGAACCUUCCAUAUGUACAGACUGCAACGGCCCAAUCGAAUCAUCUUCUACUGAAAAUAUAUUAAAAUGUGACUCUUGCUUAAAUCAGAAGAAUCAAAUUCAGUUUCAGAAACAGGAACAAGUGGUGGCCCUUGCUGCAACCAAUGUGGAAGUGGAAGUGGAAGUGGAAGAUAGGCCAUCAAGUCCAGUACUGAAGGCCAUUACAAAUACAGAGAUGCCAGUUUUAUCAGAAAAAAAGAGAGGAAGAGGGAGACCAAGGAAGUCAGAUUCAGUUCUGAACUUACCUAAAACUGCUAAAAGUGGUAAGUUAUCACGAAGUAAGAUAAAAGACAAGAUACUAAAAAAGUUCAGGUCACCAAGGUCAACUUCUGUAGCAAAGCCACUGGGGAGUGCUUUCUCCUCACAACAGAAGAGUGGAAAAAAGCUGACAAUAAAGAAUCAGCAGUUGCAUUGGCCUGUUUUUGAGGAAGGAGGUUUACCUGAUGGAACCGAACUAACUUAUGUUUCUCAUGGAAAGAAGCUUCUAGAUGGUUAUAAGUUAGGCCAUGGAAUAUUCUGUUCAUGCUGCAAGACUGAGAUCAGCGCCUCACAAUUUGAAGCCCAUGCUGGUUGGCCUACACGCAAAAAACCAUAUGAAAACAUUUACAUCUCAAAUGGAGUAUCUCUCCAUGAAUAUGCUGUUUCUUUAAAGAGAGCCGAAAACAAAAAAUGUCCUGUGAAGUUUAAUGAUGACCUGUGUAGAAUUUGUUGGGAUGGUGGAAAUCUGUUGCUUUGUGAUGGAUGCCCUAGGUCCUUCCAUAAAGAAUGUACUGAUGAAAAGGAUAUCCCACAAGGAAAAUGGUAUUGCAGAUUUUGUAAACAGGCAAUGAAAGUCGGUGAAGAUAGUGAAAAUGCUACAGUAGCUGGAAGAGUUGAAGGGAUUGAUCUUAUUGAACAGAUAACAAAACGUUGCAUUCGAAUAGUCAAAACCCCAGAAAACAUUGAUCUUGUUGCAUGUGUUUUAUGCAGAGGACAUGAUUUCAGCAAAAACGUAUUCAAUGAACGAACUGUUAUAGUAUGUGAUCAGUGCGAAAGAGAGUACCAUAUCGGGUGUCUAAGGGAACAAAAAAUGGCUGAUUUGGAGGCAUUGCCAAAAGGGAAGUGGUUUUGCAGGACGGAUUGUGAGAGAAUUCAUUCUGUUUUGCAAAAUUUGUUGACUAAAGAAGCAGAGAUUGUUGAUGAUGACCUGUUGACUUUUGUGAGGGAGAAGCAAAAGGAGAAGGAGGAGAAGGAGAAGGCGGAGAAGGAGGAGAAGGAAAAGGAAAAGGAAAAGGAAAAGGAAAAGGAGGAGGGGGAUAAGGACAAUAAUGUAAUUUCUGAUGAGGACAAGGAUAAGGACAAGAAUGUAAUUUCUGACAAGGAGAAGGAGAAGGAGAAGGAGAAGAAUGUAAUUUCUGAGGAGGAGAAGGAGAAGGAGAAGGAUGUAAUUUCUGAAAUGAAAUUUGUGCUUUUAAGUGGGAAGAAUGCCACCCGUGAAAACAGACCGAUGCUUACACAAACAAUAAAUAUUUUUCAUGAAGGGUUUGACCCUAUUAUUGAUGCAACUAGUGGGCGUGAUUUUAUUCCAUCCAUGGUGUAUGGAAGGAAAAUUUGGAGUCAAGAUUUUGCAGGGAUGCUUUGUGCCAUAUUGACUAUAGACUCAAAUGUAGUAAGUGCGGGGACUCUUCGAGUUUUUGGACAAGACAUUGCUGAACUUCCAAUAGUUGCUACAAGUAAAUGCAACCAGGGGAAGGGAUACUUUCAUGUAUUGUUUAGCUGCAUUGAGAGAUUACUUUCAUCUUUAAAUAUAAAGAAGCUUGUGCUUCCAGCUGCAGAUGAAGCUAAAUCCAUAUGGACCAAAUUAGGCUUCCAAACAAUAGAACCAGAAGAGCUUGGUGACUUGAGGAGAAGAUGCUCGGCUAUGAUGACAUUCAAAGGCACAUCCAUGCUACAAAAGGAUCUUAUUGCCAAACCUCAAAAUGGUGGCCAGGAUAAUAAGGACAGUUGA